AUGUCGGAACUGACUAACGACCAGCUCAAAGAGAAAAUCAAACGACUUGAAGCCAAGCUUGAGCACUCGCGGAAAGAUGUAAGAACCAUCCGAAAUCAAAUUCAACAAGAUUUGGAAGAAGCCCGAAGUAAACACGAUGAAGAAUAUAAAAGGGCGAUGUCGUUGUAUCGAAUUACGGAAAACAAGUUGAUAGAAUUGACAAGAGCACACAGUGGUUUAGAGGCAGAUACAGUACGCUACCAGGAGAUCAUAAAUGGCUUAAAAGAAGAAAACAGGACCUUGGAGGAACAGAUGAGGAACAGAAACGGUACGAGUAUUGUCUAUGACGAUAUCAAGCCGGAAAUCCCCAUUAUCGAUCUUGUCGAUGACGAAGCAGAGAAUCAAGAUGAUUCUGGCGACGCCAAUGCUUUUCAAACUGAAACAGAUAGAAAGACUGUUUUGAUCAAUGAGGACUCGGACGCCCGAGCCCAGGAGGACGACGAUCAAGACUCUGGCAUCAUUUCACAUUCUAGCGUGGCUCGUACUACCAGGAGCAAGACAAGACAACCGGCACCGUAUGGACGUCCCGAUCACCGGGAAACAAGAACUUCCAAGCAGCCACUUUUGCAACAGAGCACGCCUUGCCCACUACCCGCACAACCUUCUCCUGAUCCUCCCCUAAACAGCACAACACCCGAUCGGCCUGCUGCACCAAGUCAGUCUCCCCUCAUAAACACCAUUACUACCCCUAUUCUCGGUACUCCCGGCUCAUCUGGUACUUCGAGCCAUUUCGUCUUACCACCACCUUUGCCACAUCCUGGACUUCCUCAAAAUGAGCGUGAAUGGGAGAAAUGGUUGAAUCAGAUAGAUUAUACGCAUUAUCACUGCUCUUGCCCAGAAGAUGGGUGUCCUGGGAGAGUGACACGCCAUCGGUCAGAAGGAUUGCCCAAGUAUCUGAUCGAAAAAUCCUCUACAAGAAAAUUUCGGAUAAAUUGGGAAUUAGCUGGAUUAUGCGAUACAACCAAAUGUCUACCUCCCAAACUCGUCAGCCCUUGCUACAUCAAACGGCAGAUACUAAACAUAUACAAAGAGAAAGGUAGCUGGGAUGAUCUCGAGAAGCUCAAGGGAUGGUGGAGUCCUGGUCAUGAGAAAGUAGCAGCCAGUGAACAUCGACUGCAAGAGCUGCGGUACUGUGAAAAAUUAAAUCGCGUGAUAUGGCUGACCUGGACGAUGGACAUCGAUUUGAUCUCACUCGAGAUUCCGCAACGAUCGUAUGAUCAUAUAGCAUCUUUUUUAGUGUCAGAAUGGGCACGGUGGUACGUUCUGGCAGAUACAGCGGAGAAAAACCGAACAGCAGUAUGUUUCAGAGGGGUCAGGUAA